AGGCUCCGCGCGCUUUACCCGCCAGCUUUGGCCUCAGCCCGCGAGACGCGGAAACGCUGAGGAUGGACAGCAGCGACGAGAGGGCGGUGGAGAAGCAGCGGGUCCACAUACGCCCCGACACGCUGCGCGACGCCGCCCCCGGCACGUUGCACCUUCUGCCCUGCGAAAUCCCGGCGAGCCGGCCCGCUCCGGUGGACUGCUUCUUCACCCCGGCCCUCCGCCAGGGCGCCCACGGACUCGAAGCGUCGUUUCGUGGCCGCAGCCUCCGGGGCGAAGAAGUGACGGUGCCGCCUGGCCUCGUCGGAUACGUGAUGGUCAUGGAAGAGGAGGGAGAGGUGUCGGGGCGGACGCCUUACUUCCCGCGGGCAGGCCGGGAGCCGGAGCAGCGGGAACUGGCGGAAGCCCCGGAGGCGCUGGAGCGGGACUUCGACCGCUUUAUGGGAGCCACCGCCAGUUUCAGCGGCUUCACCCUGUGGGGCCUGGAGACCCUCCCUGGCCCGGAUGCCAAAGUGCGUGGGGCCCUGACCUGGCCGAGCCUCGCUGCCGCGAUUCACGCACAGGUGCCUGAAGACUGAGACCCAGGGCUUGAAAUGGAGAGCACCGACCCCUUCACUCCAGUAAACCAACUGUUCACUUUGGAGCCCUGAUUCACCCCAAUAAACAAGUUCUUCCAGCCCUUGUGAGUUUGUGGGGACCUUGGAGCCCCUAGGCCCCACUGUCCUUUCUCCCACAAGCACCCUCAUGACUGGCCUAUAGAAAGUUUAUUGCUGGGGCAGUGAGGGUUAAGACAGGCCAGAGUAUUGCAGCAGUACCCAGCCCACCCCCAACUCCUCCUUUACAAAAGACGUUUUUACAGCCACCAGCCCUCUGUACAGAGCACCCCCCCCCCAUCUCACUGUACACAGCUGCCUGGCUCUCUCCAGUCUCUGGUCCGCAGCAAGCACGGGCCUGCAGCCAGCUGACCUUGGAGUUGACCUGAGCCCUGAACUCGUCUUGGUGCUGGGCACCAGCCAGCCCCAACAGGGCCUGUCCUCCCCACGUGGACCUGUCCUCAGCCCCAUCUAUACGGGUGUGCCUCGUGGGGGCUCUGGUGGGGGUGGGAGGGGCUGUCAGUCGCAGUUCCGCUGACUUGACACUGCCACAGCGGUGCCUGUCACCACUUUCCCCUCUUGCUCCAGUCCUUGGGAGUGAAGUGCAGACACUUGGAGUCAAUCCGAAGGAGCCGCUUGAGCAUAGCCCGUUCGUGGCCAUCCACGAUGUCCUCUGACAGUGUGAGGAUGUACUGACCCUGGACAGGACAGGGGCCAGGCAGGUCAGCCCACCUGGAGCCUGCACACCACACCCCCACACCUGCUUCCCCGCCCGCCUUGCUACCUUGUAGUAGUUGAUGAGGUUGAGGUACUGUAGCGUGGAGAUGACGUCCUCCUUCUUGAUACUGGUGAUUUCACUGAUCUCGCUGUGGGAGAGCAAAGAUCAGGUCCCCUGGGGGUCUUCAUCUGCCCCAAGCCCCCAGAAGCCCCCGGCAGGGAGUGAGAAAGCCCGGGACAGGCCAUGCACCCAGGGGAGGCGCGCUGGGCUCACUUGAUGGUGAUCUGAGGCCUUUCCCCACUCUCUGACUUCAGCCCCAUCAGGAUCUCCAGGAUCGUCUGGGACCAGUAGCUUCGGUAGGAGAGGAGGCCAAGAUCCGAGAGGGGCUUCUCAGGGGUCCCCGUUUUCCCUUCCACUUUGGACAGUUCAUAGCCUAAAGCGACGGGGGAGGGGCAAGCAGGUAAACGGUCAGUUCCUGCAACCAACAUCCAGAAGCCUGGCCACCUUGGCUGUCCUGGGACGGCUCAGUGACCCUGGCGUGCGCUGUCUGCUCUGCCCUAGUUUCCUCCAAGUUUUCCUGCGCUUUCCCGUCGCCCUUGAGGAGGUGCUGAGGGCGCUGGUGGUAGCUACCAUCCGCGAGGAGGCCCUCAGGAGCCAGCUAAGGCUUACGGGUGGGCAGGGGCGUGUGGAGAAAAUGGCUUCUGGAAAGAAGGUGCCACGGACUGUCCUUGGUCAGGUGGGGCGGGUGCCUGGAUAUGUGAGGAGGGCAGGGGGAAGACCCCACUCCGGGUCCAGGCCCGAGGUCGCUUGGAUUCUUUCGCUUCAGCUCAGCUCCUCUAGUGUGACCCCAGGAGUUAGCUGCCAAGACAGGCUGGCCUGAGUGGGUG